CCAGCUGCAUCAACCGAAGAGAGAAAGCUAGGAAGAGAGGGAGAGAGAGAGCGAGAGAGAGAGAGAAGCAGCACAGGUGAAUCAAACGAGCGUCAACGUCCACACCAGAAAAAAUAAGACGAAGAAGAAGAGAGGAGGAGGAGGCACAAGAAGAAGUAGACUUGAGGCAGUGGACUUCAGUGAACACACGUCAUAGUGUCUCUGUCUUUUUACCGGGUCCUUCACUCCCGGUACCUCCCAUAUUCCUCCCUCUCCUCCCCCCGCGGGUGUCGCUCCAUCAGCGUCUGCUCUCCGACCACAGUCCCGCCGAGGAAACGCUUUCUGACCGGUGCUGAUUCAGGAAGAAGAAGAGGAAAGGACUGAAGGAAGCGAAGGAAAGGAGGCGAGCGCAUUUGUGACGGGAGGGGGGCCAGACAAGACCACCUCACCGACCCGAGGAGAACCGAACCGAACCGGGAGAUGGAGGGCAAAGAGAAGGCACCAGCAGAGCCGCAGCUGAAAGGCAUCGUCACGCGUCUCUUCAGUGAGCAGGGCUUCUUCCUGCAGAUGCAGCCUGAUGGAACCAUCGGUGGAAACAAGGAUGAAAACAGUGACAACACUCUGUUCAACCUGAUCCCUGUGGGUCUAAGGGUGGUGGCGAUGCAGGGUGUGAAGGCCGGACUCUACGUUGCCAUGAAUGCUGAGGGAUUCCUCUACACAUCAGACGUGUUCACAGCAGAGUGUAAGUUUAAAGAGUCCGUCUUUGAAAACUACUACGUCAUCUACUCUUCAACGUUGUACCGACAACAUGAGUCAGGCCGAGCCUGGUUCCUGGGUCUCAACAAGGACGGAGUCAUCAUGAAGGGGAACCGCGUGAAGAAAACCAAACCCUGCUCACACUUUGUCCCCAGACCCAUCGAAGUCUGCAUGUAUAAGGAGCCGUCGCUGCACGAGCUUGAAGAGAAGCUGCUGAAGUCAUCAAGGAGCCCAACGAUGAACAGUGAGGAGCGGGCACGAGCCCUGGAGCAGGAGGAGGAGCAGCAGCCAGAGGACUCCACAGAGCAGGAUGGGUCAUAGCCUGCAGCGCCCCAUUGGAUGGAAGGACGGGAAAGAGGAGGAGGAGGAGGAGAAGGAGGCAAACUCCCAUUUUAACACACUCUGGUCAGCAGCAGCAACAACCACACCAACUCCUGCAACGCAACCACAACGACAACAACAGCUGCAGCAGCAUUGAAGAAAAAAAAAAAAGAAAUAUAGAAAAAAAAAGCUAAAACAUGAAGGGAGGGGGGUCUUCUCGCUCAUGGUGAAGUAUUUUAAAU